GGCCUCUUUUCCGUGUUGCACAAAACAAUAACUGCAGACCCGCACACCUUCAAAACGAUGUGGAGCUCAGUGGGGUUGAGUGUCAUUAACGUUGUGUGGUCGUCUCUGGCUUUGUGCUUCCUCGUUGCUUUUUGUGCCCACAAAGUGUCGCGACUGUUGCCGAGAAGAUUUGACACGUGUCGCGCUUACGUUUUAUUUCAGGACCUUAUUCGUUACGGAAAAACUAAACAGAGCUUAAAGCGAGACGACUGGCUGCGGGUUUUUGACGUCCCAAAAAGGUGGUUCUGGCACUUCUAUGCAGUCUCUGUUGGCUGGAAUGGUCUUCUUCUGGUCUUGUACCUCAGCUUUAUAUUUCAGCAUCAGUAUCCUUUGUGGUUGAGCGACUUUUUAGACAUUUUGACAGGUGCACCCGGCAGUGACAGUCAAGUCCCAAAGCUGUCCACUGUCCUGGUGCAGCUGUUGCUGUGGGUCCACUCCCUCAGGAGGCUGCUGGAGUGCCUGUUUGUCAGUGUUUUCUCUGAUGGGGCAAUGCACUUGGUACAAUACAUGUUCGGCCUGGGGUAUUACAUCAUGUUAGGGUUGACGAUCCUCUGCUGUGAUCGUAUGGAAAAAGAGAGAAGCACCCUCCUCUCUCAGCUGGACUGGUUGCAGGUUGCUGGGUUUGUGCUCUUCAUUUGGGCCUCAUGGCUGCAGCAUCAGUCCAUGGUCCUGCUGGCCAGGCUUCGCACUGGAAAGUCAGGAACAGUGGAAACACUGACUCACAGAGUGCCAGAGGGAGGUUGGUUUGAGCUGGUUUCUUGCCCCCAUUACUUUGCUGAGCUGUUGAUCUACAUCUCGUUGAGCUUUGUUUUCAGAGGCCUCUCUUUCACCUGGUGGCUUGUGGUACUGUAUGUGCUCUUCAACCAAGCACUGGCAGGACAGCUUUGUCAUGACCUUUACGUUAGCAAAUACAAGUCAUACCCAAGGCAUAGAAGAGCAUUUAUACCAUUUGUGCUAUGAAUACUCAGACACUAUAUUCGUCUUUUUGUGGUAAUAAAUGGGAACUGUAAAAAAAACUGUCAGUGAUGUCUGAGGAGCAGAAACCUUAAGAGCAUCUCUUUCUGAACGUUCUUUUAAACCUCCAAAUUUAACUGAGCUGCUUGACAGCUAAGAGGCCAACACUGGGUUUGAGUUCUGGCAGAAGACUCUACAGGUGAGAACUUUCUCCAACUGAUGUGAAGACACUGUGAGGAACAUUGCUGGAAUUUAUUUGUUCAUUACAUUAAGAACUUGUUUUUCUUACGAUGAAGUACCUAGAAGUGUUUUGUUUCCUUUUACAGUAUGUCAGCCUCUCGAGUUAUAACUGGUAAUGUAAUCUCUAAAUGUUUAUGUGAAAAAGAAACCUUCAAAACAUUGUGGACUUGAAUAUUUUUCUUUUUAUAGCAAAACAGAAUGUAUUGUUUUAAUACCUGAACAACAAGGAGUUUUACUUUAAAACAAAAAGUAACAUGAUAUGGACAUGUUGUAAUGAAUAAAGAAACUUUAUUCAA